CUGGGCUGGGCUGGGCCGGGCCAGCAGCCCGAUGUAUUGGACUAGUGGAGCGGGAGAAGUGAUUGUUUCCUUUUCACUUUUCCGCAGCAAGAGAAAGAGCAUAAAACCCCUGAGACAGACGGCGGGCGCGCCAUCUCUCCAACGGCGAAAAGCUUGUCAACCGGCGGAAGAAGCUAUGGACAAAAUGAAGAUAGAAGAGGUUCAGAGCACAGCCAAGAAGCAGAGAAUCGCCACCCACACUCACAUAAAAGGCCUCGGCCUUGAGCCAAGUGGAAAGGCAAUUCCUUUGGCGUCUGGCUUUGUGGGUCAGACAGAUGCCAGAGAAGCAUCUGGCCUUGUUGUUGAUAUGAUAAGACAGAAGAAGAUGGCCGGAAAGGCUCUUCUAAUGGCUGGGCCUCCCGGUACCGGGAAGACAGCUUUGGCCCUUGGCAUUUCUCAGGAACUUGGCAGCAAGGUUCCAUUCUGUCCAAUGGUUGGAUCAGAAGUUUACUCAUCAGAAGUGAAGAAAACUGAAGUUCUGAUGGAAAACUUUCGUAGGGCCAUUGGCUUGCGUAUCAAGGAAAAUAAAGAGGUUUAUGAAGGAGAGGUCACUGAACUAUCCCCAGAAGAAACUGAAAGUGUGACUGGUGGUUAUGGAAAAAGCAUUAGCCAUGUCAUAAUUGGUUUGAAAACUGUUAAAGGGACUAAGCAACUGAAGUUGGAUCCCACAAUCUAUGAUGCCUUGAUAAAGGAAAAGGUGGCUGUGGGAGAUGUUAUAUACAUUGAAGCAAAUAGCGGAGCAGUGAAAAGAGUGGGGAGAAGUGAUGCUUUUGCGACAGAGUUUGAUCUUGAAGCUGAAGAGUACGUCCCACUUCCUAAAGGUGAAGUGCACAAAAAGAAGGAGAUAGUUCAGGAUGUUACACUGCAUGAUCUAGAUGCUGCUAAUGCAAGGCCUCAAGGUGGGCAAGAUAUAUUAUCUUUAAUGGGGCAAAUGAUGAAGCCAAGAAAGACCGAAAUAACAGACAAGCUACGCCAGGAAAUAAAUAAGGUUGUUAAUAGGUACAUUGAUGAAGGUGUGGCAGAACUUGUUCCUGGAGUUCUGUUCAUUGAUGAGGUGCACAUGCUGGAUAUGGAGUGCUUCUCGUACAUGAAUCGGGCUUUAGAGAGCUCAUUGUCUCCUAUAGUUAUCUUUGCAACUAAUAGAGGAAUAUGUAAUGUAAGAGGCACUGAUAUGAAUAGUCCACAUGGCAUACCUGUUGACUUGCUGGACCGCUUGGUGAUUAUACGGACACAAAUUUAUGGCCCUGCAGAAAUGAUACAGAUAUUGGCAAUUCGUGCACAGGUCGAGGAAUUGGUAGUUGAUGAAGAAAGUCUAGCAUUCCUCGGAGAGAUCGGUCAGCAGACAUCCUUAAGGCAUUCUGUUCAGCUCUUAUCUCCCGCCAGCAUUGUAGCAAAGAUGAAUGGUAGAGAUAAUAUCUGCACGGCCGAUCUCGAGGAAGUAUGUAGCUUAUAUCUGGACGCCAAGUCCUCAGCGAAGCUACUUCAAGAGCAGCAGGAAAAGUAUAUUUCAUGAGCUGAUGAUACACGUUUGCUUGCUUACUUGCUAAUCUUGGAGGAUUAAGAUUUGUUUUAUUGAAAACAAAGCUAACUCUCCAUGUACAAGUGUAUUGGAUUGAUAUCAGCAUUUUGUUGUAAAGGCAAUCUGGACCCUUGUUGGCACAUCAUUAGUUUCAGACAAUGCAGAAGCAAUCCCUUCUUCUUUUUCAGUUCUGCCACUUCAUUGAUGUGUCUUUCUAUAACUGUGUGAUAAACUCUAAACCCUAGG